CAAUAAACAACAGAAGAAGACGAUGAGGCGGAAGAAGAAAACAAUAAUAAUGUGAAUGAAUCCUCGACUACGGAGCCCUGGACUGUAUUACAUUUUCAAAAUGGAAAAAAACUUCUGUCAGUGGAAGAAACAGAGUCUGAACAAAGUGGACCUGAGUAAGAAAGGCGUUGUGGAUGACGAUGUUGUCCACAUCGUGUCACUGCUUAAUAGUUAUGAGGAAUAUUUCACCACCAGUUCGUGCUCGGGACGAAUCAUAAUCAUUGACAGGGCUCCAGAUAGUGUUGUUGUCCAGAAGAAGAACCUUGUCUGGCUGUUGGUCUCACACAGUAAAUGCACAUUUGAUGACAUGAUGUCCGCCUUGGCCAGCUCUUGUGGAAAUGCUGUGCUGAAGUUUGAACCGUUUGUUAUGCAUGUUCAGUGUCGCACACUGGAUGAUGCACAGUUAUUGCUCUCAGCUGCUCUUCAGUCGGGCUUCAAAAACUCUGGUCUCACCGCAAGCAAGACAGGGAAGAUCAUCACGGCAGUCCGCUGCACCCACAGCCUGGAGGUUCCUCUCAGUAACCAAGGCAGACUCUUGGUUUCCCAUGAAUAUAUUAAUUUCUUAACCCAGAUAGCCAAUCAAAAGAUGGAAGAUAAUUUAAGACAAAUUGAAAGGUUUUACCAGACCAUCCAGACUACUUUGACAACAAACAAACAACCAAAAGGCCCGCAGGAUUCAAAGUCGCAUGAAAUAAAACAACCCCCUUUCAUGGAUCUGGAAAAGAAGGAACAGGACAAAGAUGACAAGUUUGUGAGGGAAGCACAAAUCAAGAGUAUAAACACUGAAUGUCUGGCUUAAUCUUAAAAUGGAUAUUUGUAGAUUUUUGGUCAAACAAUGUAUUUUUUCUCUGAAUGUAAGCCAUUUUAUCUGCAGAAAACACACUCAUUCACCAUAAGGGUAAUAUGUGACAAUAAAAGUAAAAUGUACAGCAUACAUGUACCAUGAUUUAAAAAAGCCCACAAUUUUUACAUUUAUGUCUUUAUGCUUCAGUGAGAAUGUUUUUUUUGUGACAUUUUUGUUGGAUGGUCCUUGAACUCACCAUCGUUAGAUGGGGCAAAGACAAAGUGAAACUUGUUUUCUUUUCUUUCCAAAAAAGCUU